AUGGCGGACGAUGCCCAGCAUGAGCACACCUUCGACUCCGCCGAUGCCGGUGCCUCUGCCACUUUUCCUAUGCAGUGCUCGGCCUUGAGAAAGAACGGCUUUGUCGUCAUCAAGAACCGCCCUUGCAAGAUCGUCGACAUGUCUACAUCCAAGACUGGCAAGCACGGUCACGCCAAGGUCCAUCUCGUCGCCAUCGAUAUCUUCACCGGCAAGAAGCUCGAAGAACUCUGCCCUUCCACUCACAACAUGGAUGUUCCCAACGUCACCCGAAAGGAAUACCAGCUGCUCGAUGUCUCCGAUGACGGUUUCCUUUCCUUGAUGGCGGAUGACGGUGAGACCAGAGAUGAUGUCAGUGUCCCAGACGGAGAGGUUGGUGACAAGAUCAUCAAGCUGUUCCAGACCGAGGAGAAGGAUACCAAUGUUAUCGUCCUUACUGCCAUGGGUGAACAGCUUGCAAUUGAAGCCAAGGAAGCUCCCCGCGCAAUGGCAUACCCUCUCUUGUCUGUCGGCUGGUUUGGCUCUGGGAUGCUCAAUCAUGGAAUAAUCUCGAGGCUUGAAAUCUGCAGUCUAAUGGUCGUUGCGUCGGAGGAUAUCUGGACACUUAAGAUCACACUGGUUUUACUUUCCUCGGGCUUUGCAAAACAUCAUCUUCCUUUUGUCCUUGAUCGGUGCUACUUGACAAUUUUUGGCCAGCGAGUCAUACAGUGGAGGACUGGUAUGUGGCGACAACUAUCCGUAGAAAUCGAUGGUUUUACGGCGUGCAAUUGGCGGCCUCUUCUUGCUUCAUCCGUGACUCGGAAGUUUAGCCUCUCCUUAACCUCAUUCCGUUUUGGAGAGCCCUCUAUUCCCCUCAAUAAUCGAAGAGUCGCUUCGAAGAAGUGCUACUGGAGCGUCUUACGCGCCAUCUUCACGGGUCAAGCUCCAUAG